ACUUGACCCUAAGGCGGCCAUUACUGAAACAAAGAUGGCGUCGAUCAUUGGGUCGGAAGUGGAAAUUCAAGAAGUUGAGAUAGAAACUGUCCCUGUUGAAUUACCGAUAGAAACUGUUGAAACUUCGGAUAAUACUAUUGAGGUACAACCUAUGAUAGCACUACAACCUCUUCCUGAGGCAGGACAUGAAGAAAUUGUUCUACAAACACGAGAAGAAGUGGUAGGAGACCUCGUGGGGGACGGUAUCGCCGUCCCAGCCCCAGAUAUCGAGCUUGUCACAGAAGAUGUCACUACAUCAAGAAAAGGAAAAGGUGGUAAAAGGAAAGGAACAAAAUCAAAAUUCAUAUCUAACACUGGAUUAAACGAACUCAGCUUAGAUAUGCCGACGUCAAACAAAAAAUGGGAACAGAAACAAGUGCAAAUCAAGACUUUAGAAGGCGAAUUUUCUGUUACUAUGUGGGCAUCGGGGGAUGACAAAGUCAAACUUGAAGAAGAUUCCAGUGUGUCUGAGUCAGAUGCAGAUUUUACUGAAUACAUGACAGGCAGAAAAUUGCCACCAGGAGGCAUCCCAGGGCUGGAUUUGAGUGAUCCAAAACAACUAGCAGAGUUUGCCAGCAUCAAACAGAAGAAACCAUCGGACGACGUACCGCGGACAGUACCUUGCCCUCACAAAGGGUGUAACAAAAUGUUUCGGGACAACUCUGCAAUGCGCAAACAUCUGCACACACAUGGUCCUCGUGUACAUGUAUGUGCUGAAUGUGGCAAAGCUUUUGUUGAAAGUUCAAAACUAAAACGCCAUCAGCUUGUGCACACAGGAGAAAAACCCUUCCAGUGCACAUUUGAGGGAUGUGGGAAGCGGUUCUCCUUAGACUUUAAUUUGCGAACUCAUGUAAGGAUCCACACAGGCGAUCGGCCAUAUGUUUGUCCGUUUGAUGGCUGCAAUAAGAAGUUUGCACAGUCUACCAACCUUAAAUCUCACAUACUUACACAUGCAAAGGCAACAAGUCAGCUUGGUGCCUCAUACGCGACCUCCUCCCCAGAGCUUGAACAAGCACAUCUAGUUAUAGGAAAUCAGCCAAGUUACCAGAUACCCACUCAAGAGACUAUGCUGAUAGGUUACACCUACGAAGAACAGUGACUAGGAGAAGCAAUGGAGAGAGCUGAAGAAAUUGAGUAUGAGCGAAGUUUCCUGCCAUCAUCAUCAUAGUGAUCAUGUGACCACCAUGUUCUCUCAGACUGAAUUAGUGAUGCCGUGGUCAUGUUACCACCAUGCUUUUUUCAGACACAAUUAGCAGUAUAGUGAUCAUUCGACUUGUUGAUGUUCGCAGUAUGAUGACUGUCUGUGAUUACAUGACCACCAUGUUGUGCUAGCUACACGACUGUACCAAUGACCGAGUGACUGCUGAGCUCUGCAUGUUUAAGUACACAUUUACGUACCUUCUGUGGUAACAUGACAACAUUGUUCUGCAGUCAGUGACUGUGAUCUGCACAUACAUGUUUAGCACAACAAGCUAAUGGAGAGCAUAACAGAGGAGGAUUGACAGAGCACUGUGUCUUUACAAAUAUGUGAUUGAAUGAUAAUCAUAUUGCACAUUUCAUUUAUGGAUGUAAAGAAUGAUUACGUAAAAAGUUACUGGUUAGGAACCAGAUUCCAGACAGAACCAGUUUUCUGACAAGUAAAAUAAUCGCUUCAUUUUGACAUGAUUUAUGAAUAAUUCAUUAAGGAUUAACUAAGCUCCAUCCUAAUCAUUCCCAUGUUUGAUUUUUAUAUCUGUAGGAAAACAUGCUUUAAGGACAGAUUAUUUGUGGCCCCAGGUAAAACUACAUUUUAUGUCACUAGGUGGGAGUGUUGAUAUUUUUGCUUGUAGUAGGAGCUGUAGUUUCAUGUCUAGGAAAAUAAGGAAUGAAAAAACUAAGAAUUUUGUCUGGAAACAGGUUCCCAACCAGUACAUUGAAAUAAUUUUUAGCUAAAUAACUUGUAAUAAGUUAUCAUCCAAUGUGAGUACACGUCAUGUCUCAAGUGUUUUGAUAGCCUGUAUUCUUGUAACUUUAAGCUUAUUCUAACAGCCAAUAAUAUAUUGGUUCUUAUCUGAAUAAAGUCCUAGCAUUUCUUUGUGGCUUUAUGAUGUUUCAAGGUACUAACAUAAUAGGCUUCAGGUUUGCUAAUUUAAAGAGAUACAAUGCACCCGAAGUUUUCUGUUCAACUAAAUUCUAUUCACAAAAUACUUACAAGGUAGGUCAGUGUAGGUCAAUGUUGUAAAUACUGAACCAUUCACUGUUUCAAAGAAGAAUAAGAUUAUUUUUAUAGCUCUUUGACUGUUAAUUAGCGCUGAAGUAAUUAUCUGUCCAAGAGGGAGUACUUUAUCACAUAGUUGGAGAACUUUCUAGCAAACUUUCUUCCAUUUUCAGGAAGACAACCUGAGAACUUACGUAUAGUUGAUCAUAUUUAUUAAUGGUUGAUGAAUUCUAGAUCUUACGGGAUUUUAAAUAUGACUUAUUAUGCCAGGGAGCUUGGCACUGUUAAAAGUGAAGAUAUUUUGACAAGAUUGUGUUGAAUGUCUUGGCAGCAAAUCAAACUGAUGAGUUUCACUACAAUUACACAUGUAAAAUGUUUCCAGUUAUGAAUAUUAAAAGCUACAAAUGUUCUAAAGGCUUGGUGCAAUAAAAGUCCCAUAAAAAACUUUUUAUGUUCAAUACAUUUUAUGCUUAUAAUUUAUAAAUGUGAUUUUGGCUCAUAAGCACAAAUAUAUGAUUAUAAAUUGAGGUACACUCUGUGAAGACUAUUAAAAUGUUGAGAUUCUUGCAUGUUUUUGUGGAGAUGAAACCCAUAAUUCAACAUACCGGUUACCUCAAGGAGUUGCUAGUAUGCUAUAGCUGCGCUGUUGGUGAUGUAGUUGUACCAUUUGUUUCAAUAAUCUUACCCUGUCUCCAAAAAGAACAGCGAGAUUAAAUGUUGAUCUUGUUAGCACUAUAUGUGUCCUAAACGCUGUCAGAAAAAAACUUAUUUCACUUGGAUCAUGGUUACUUAUUACUUUAUCAUUAACUCCCCGUUUAAAAUCUCAAACUUUGAAUUAAACAAAAGUAUUAAAUCUGUAAAGUAAAACUUCAAGAUUGUAGUUUACAGCAUUCUGAAGGACAUGUGUAGCUAAAAAACUGAAUUUGAUUUCUGAAAAAAAGUGUGAUAUUUAUUUCUUAAGUCACUAUAUGUUCAUUGUAAAAAUGCUUCAUUUUACCCCAAGUGGAAACUGGCAGGUACUGGAAAAUAUAGCUGUCAGGACCCGGUUGUUCGAAACUGUAACAGCUGAUUAAGCUAACAGUCGAUUAACUUUUAGAGUAAUAUUUCAACAUUUUAGAAAACUUAGAAAAACAAAUGUACGACUUAAGGAUUCUGACAACUAAAACGCCUUCACAGUAAAAUUAAAACAUUUUACUUCUGUUUCCAACCAAGACUAGUAUUUUGAAUCAAAAUUUAACAAGCAAUUAACGGUUUACGGUAACAGUCUGUUAAAGUUUCCAACAACUGGGCCUUGAUUGGUCAGUGUCAUGUUAAAAUUAUGAACAGGGAAUGGUGAAAAAUUAUAAUAUCAUAAGAUGUGUAAUUUUGAUGUUAGGGUGUCCGACUGCUUAUAUCAGUUUGCCCUUAUAACAUUGUGUAUUUACAUUUCUACUGGUUCAAACAGAAUUUUUAAUUGGUUGGUACUUAGUUUAAAAAAAAAAACCCACAUUUUUCAAAGUUUCCAGUAAGUAUGAUCUUUAAUACAAAUGAACUGUGCAAGGUAUGAUCUAGUACAUUUUGCGAAUUUAAUGAAGACUUGCGAAUGUUAUUUUAAUUCAAAGAAAGAAUGGACAUUAAAAGAAGCCUGAGCUGUUGAAGAUAUCACAAUCGCUGUAUUAGCUGUGUUCAUUUUGCAUGGACAUCUGUUGCAGCUUUUCUUGGCUGCUUUAUCUUAAGAAUUGUAUUUACACCUACAGAUGUGUUAAAAUAACGAAUGUUAGAGAUAUUGUUGUUAUUUAAGGUAGUUCUGCGCGCUUGAAAAACUGGAAGUGAUGGUGUAAUGUUAUUUAUCCGGAAAAUGUAGAAUAAAGCCUGGAUUCGGCCUACGGAAAUGAAAAUCAGUUUAUGAAUUAAUUGAAACCUGUGAGUAAAUUUAUUACAAUGGCACUGUUGCUAUAUUUCUAAAGUCAAAAUAUGAUACUAAAACAUAUGGCACAUCAAAAAAUUCAAAAUUAUGUGUUAAAAUUAGCGUGAAAUGUCCGGUUCACUUUAAUCAUGGUCAAAUAUCUCAAAAAUAAGCACACGGACCUAUACAUUUUGUUUCACCAAAUUAUAGUCCAUAUGUUUAACAACCAUGGGAAGUUUCAUCAAAAUCUACAUUGUAGAAAACAUUCUAUUCGCGAAAAUAUUAUGAAAGUUAUGAUUUUCCCAUAGACUCCCAUUAUGAAAUAUUGCAUGAGGUCCAAAUUUUUCAAAGCAGUCUAGCAAAAAAUCAAGCACAGGACCCUAUCUUUUUUACUUGCUGAAUUUUCUAGGUAUGUUCUGAAGUUUUGAAAAAUCAGAGUUAAAUCAAAUUCUACGUUGUAGAAAAAAUUUCGAUCCAAACGUGCAGAACUACCUUAAACAUCUUUAUUGUUGGAGAUUUUGACUAGUUCUGAAUGAAUAAAUCAUUGUUAUAAUUCCAAUGAAAACUUACAAGGGUUCCUCUGCUUACUCUACAUACAGCUUGUGUGUUUUUCUUUCUGUGGGACAUGUGUAACAAAGUCUUAACCCAUACCGGGCUAAAUUGCUAAAAUGGAUUGAUCUAUUGAUCUUAAGUUUGGGCAAUACAAAUUAUUAUUCAAUGGGGAUGUUCACUGAAAAUUUACUGUCUGAAUAGCGAACAGUGCAGACCAUGAUCAGCCUGCACAGAUGUGCAGGCUUAUUUUGGUCUGCAAUGGUCACAAAAGCAGAAUCACUUGCCGUCAGCAGGCUAAAGGUUAAUUGACUUCAGUGUGACAAAAUGGGUUCCUGGUUAAAAGGCAUGUAAGAACUAACUAGUUUUAAAUGUUGAUAGCCUAGAAAGGGAUUUUUUGGAGUUUUUGUAAAUGUUCGAUCAUAUUGAAAAGUUCAUUUCUGUGUUUAUAUUUGUCAAUUAAAGUCGCACUACGAUCUGAUUUAAUUUACCAGAAAUGAUUCAGUUGAAAAUAUAAGUCAGUUUACAUGUAAGGUUUUCAAACUUAAUGUACAGUUUCAUUUCUCUGUGUACUAGAUACUAUAUACAAUAUGGACUUGGAAACUUGUAACUAUUUUGGUUGUAUUUGAUGAUAUUACUGUAAAUGCAGACAUAUUUGAAGGACUAGUUUAUGUAAAAAUGUGUAACAUACUACAUGUAAUAUAAUGUCAUGACUCGUUCAUGUUCAAUUGUACAAAACUGUAUUAUAAGAUCAUGAUUUAUUUUUCACAAUUAAAACACCAGAAAAACUGA